CGCCUGGAGGACGACUGACCGUUGUCUGGGGUCGGAGUAAAUUAUGUAAAUAGUAAUUCAAGCCAGUGACAGAAACAUUCAUUUAUCUCUUGGGAAAAGAAGAGAGAAUAUACUAAAUACGAACUCUUUAAUAUUUUUGCAGUAGUGACUGUAAAGGCAUUCCCGAUGAGGACAUUGGGAUUACAUUACAUUCCGAGGUUUUACAGGGGCACUGAUUGGGGACUAAAUGGCAUAUGUUUACGACAGUACGUCACAAAGCAUCGCCAUACACGAAACACGUAUUAUUAUGAAGUACUUGGUGUUGAGUCUAGCGCCAGUCAAACUCAGAUCAAGAAAGCAUACAUCGACCUGACCAAAAUACACCACCCUGAUGUCAGUGACAGUGAAGAAUCUAGAAAGCAGUUUCAAUUGAUAUCUGAUGCCUACAUCAUUCUAGGAAAUGUUCAUUCACGGAGAAUGUAUGAUCGAGGCUUGAUAUCAGGAGCUCAUGCUCAUGGUCCAAAGCAGUCCCAGGCAGAAGAGGAGGAAUUUGAUCCAUUUAAAAUACCCCCUAAACCUGUUAGAACUGAUUUAGACAAAAUUACAAUGAAAAAUUACAAAGAUAUUACAGAUCAGAGGAUGAUAGAGUCUUAUUUAAAGGCUUACUACAAAGAGAAAUUCGAAAAAGAUCAAAAUAAUAUUUAUCUGGAGAAAAAAAAGAGUGCCGAAUAUUACCAAGAGACAACUGGUGCGUUUCUAUUAUUGGCUGUGUUAGCAGGCUUACUUUACAGUUUUCAACAUUACAUGAAGUCUUCUAGUCAAAAGAAAAUAAAAUCAAGAUGAUAGACUGAUAUACACAUAGUAGUAAAUUAUCUUCAGUGAUAUGUGUUUCCAUCAUUUUCUGGAAAUUUUAUUUUCUCGCAAUAUCAGUUCCAUUGCUUUAAAGAUUAAGAAGCAUAUGUGUGAUAUCCUGUUGAACAUAUUCCAGAUGGAACUGGUAGAAUGAAUUAGGACAGCUUAAAGCAACACUUGCACAUGUAGUUGUGUUGAUGUCAACUAAUCAAAUUUAUGUCAUAAUUUAUCCUAAUGGUCACGGUGAUGAUAUAGAGGAUUUAAACAUGUUAAAUACAUGUGAUGGUGAGAAGGUAUCAGAAAAAUGACGAAUAAGUUCAGCUUAUUUGCAGGCUGCAUUUUAUGAUAAAUGUUUCCUGAAUUUUUAAAAAAGAAUCUUUUUAAGUAAGUUAUUAUUGUAAUACAUGCACAAGUAAAAUUAAAGUAUAAAAUAAACCACACAGUCUGAGUCAUUUAGAUUUUAUCACCUGGUGUUCUUACCAAGUAGAAUAAAAUAAAUUUAACUUUAGUACUUUGUGGAAAUGCAUCAUUGUACUGUAUCAGUAUUAUACAUUGUCUUGUUGGGUAUUUCAGUUUGUCAAUUUUGACAUAAAUAAAAGAAACUGAUUAAUAU